AUGAGCUCUGCACCAGACGCACAGCCGGUGCAGGAGACUUCUUCCGCUUCUGCUUCUGCGCUGCGCCAGCGCCACGGAGCCACUUCAGAACCAGCCGAGGCGGCUGUCAGGUCAGAUGAUAUCCUGAAGCCCAAAAAGACGUACGGCCGGACACCGGAUGGCACAGUCUUCACUGUCCCGACGACCCAUGACAUGGUGUCGCAGCUGCUGGACCCCCGCCAGCCAAAGAAUCUCUCGGACGUGACGGUGCUGGUCAUCAUCGGCCUGCACAUCCUGGCGGCCUACCUGCUGCCGGCGGGCCUGAAGCGUCCCGUGUUCGCGGCCAUCUUCAUCUUCUGGCGGGCGUCGUACAACAUUGGCAUCGGCAGCCUGCUGACGGUGCAGUCCAAGUACCGGCUGCUCGUGCAGUGGGCCAAGCGGUGGCGACUGUUCGAGAACCCGGCCACGGGCAAGAACCCCCGGCCGUGGCUGUACCGGCUCUUGAAGCAGGAGCUCGAGACCAAGAUCCCGGAGGACUAUACGUUUGAGAAGGCACCCGUCGAGUACAACACCUGGCUCGUCUUCCGGCGGGUCGUCGACCUGAUCCUGAUGUGUGACUUUGUGUCUUACUGCCUGUUUGCCGUCGUGUGCGGCCACCGACCCGAGGGCGAGAGCCUGACCAUGGCUGUGGCCCGCUGGGGUGCCGGCAUCGCCUUGGUCGGCUUCAAUCUCUGGGUCAAGCUGGACGCCCACCGGGUCGUCAAGGACUUUGCCUGGUACUGGGGCGACUUUUUCUACCUCAUCGACCAGGAGCUGACCUUUGACGGCGUCUUCGAGAUGGCUCCUCAUCCCAUGUACUCCAUCGGCUAUGCCGGCUACUACGGCAUCUCCAUGAUGGCCGCCAGCUACGACGUGCUGUUCAUCUCCAUUGCCGCCCACCUGACCCAGCUCAUCUUCCUGGCCGUGGUUGAGAACCCGCACAUUGAGAAGACGUACAACCCGCCACAGCCGCGUGCUCGCGCCGACUCGGACUUCAUCGGAGAGCUGCAGCAGCAGCAGCAACAACAGCAACAGGAGCAGCUGGCCACUGCUGACGAACCCCUGGCAGCUGUACACGGCCUGUGGGGUAUUGCCAACUUCGACAUGUUCCGCAUCACGGACUACUCCGUCAUCCUGCUGGGCGCCUACGUGCUGACGCUGGCAUUUGUCACGCCGGCCACGCCGCUCUGGCAGGGCCUCUUCUUCGCGCAUGCCGUGGCCUGGCGUCUGUGGUACAACAUCGGCCUGGGCGCCAUCCUGCGUGGACAGUCGAGCGAGAAGCAGCUCACCCGGCACUUUCUCAAGUUCGGCGACACGGCUGGCGAGGCCUGGCGCCAGUGGAAGGGCAUGUACCACGUCAGCAUGGCCUUGUGCCACGUGUCUUUUGUGGCGGCCUGCUGGAAGAUGUACUCGCCGCCGGCCGACUGGCACUAUGGCUGGGCGAUUCUGAAGCACGUUUUGGGCAGCUGCCUGGUGGCACUCCAAAUGUGGACGGCCGUCAGCAUCUACGACGAGCUCGGCGAGUUCGGAUGGUUCUACGGCGACUUCUUCUUCGAUAGCACCGGCAAGCUGACGUACAAGUCCAUCUAUCGCUACCUGAACAACCCGGAGCGCGUGAUCGGCACGGCCGGGCUCUGGGGCGCGGCGCUGAUCACCUGGAGCCGGUCGAUCUUCGUGCUGGCCAUGAUUAGUCAGCUUUUGAUGCUAGCCUUCCUCGAGUACGUGGAGAAGCCGCACAUGCAGAAGAUCUACGGACGCAAGCUACGGGGCGAGGCUGGCCUGACCAAGUUCAUCCGCAAGUCGCUGCCGCCCCCAGUCAAGGAGUGGCAGCAGAGCGUCGACCGGGUGCUGGACGAGACGCGCCACUUUGUCGAGGAGUUUGUCGACGCCGCACGGCCGAAGCUGGCUGCCGGCGUGUCUACCAUGGUCCGCGACACGACCGCGCUCUUCAACAAGUAUCCGGCGCGCCUGACGACAACCCGUCUAUCGCCCGACCUGGCCGGCUUCGAUCCCAAGUACUACAGCCUCUCGGUCGAGGGCGCCAACGGCAGCGAUGGCACCAAGCCGGUGGUGCUGCCGUUUGGCGCACCCAUCCGGGUGCGGUGGACGGCGCCGGUGCAGCACAAGAAGAAAGACUGGGUGGGCCUAUACAUGGUGACGGACAACCGGUCACGCGAGGUGACGGAGGUGCCGUCGCUGGGCCGCUGGGUACCGACGUGUCCGGGAGUCUACGACACGGCCAUUGACCGGGGCAUCGUGUCGUCGGACGAGCCGCUGAAGGAGAGUGGCCGCGAAGAAGACGGUGCAGACGAGCAGGCGCCGGCACGCGUCGGUGGCGAGAUGGUCUUUGAGGGCGACCAGCUCUGGUGGACCCAGGGCGUGUUUGAGUUCCGCUACCACCACGACGGCAACCACAGCGUGAUGGCGAUCUCGCAGCCGUUUGAGGUGCGCAUCGACCGAUUCGACAACGACGAGGACGUCGGCAGCAGCAGUGCCACCAGCAUCACGAGCGACAAGGACGGCCUGUUUGAGCGGGCUGUCGAGGCGGCGCUGCUGCCGAUGGUGCAGAACUGCUUCGACCGCGACCCCGACAUUGCGCCGACGACGGCCGACGAGCUGUUUGGCGAGCAUGUGGAGCGCGACUCCAAGUACGCCCGCCGCGUCGUCUAUGCCAUCCAGCACAUGUUCGGCAUCGAGUUUGCGCCGGCUGUGGUGCCGGCCGAUGCCACUGUGCGCAAGCUGGCAUACCGUAUAUGCAAUGCCAAGCAGGUUCUUCAUGUCGCCCUCGCGGCAGUGAUGGGAGGCGGGACGGUCCAGCCAGACGUGUUGGCCCAAGUGACGGCCAUGUCAGAUUGCAUCGAAUUCCGAGCGCCGGCCGUUGUCGAAUGGGAGAGCGAGGGCGAGCGGAUAUGUCUGGCGGAUGCGGAUCCGCGGAGUGCGCGGGUGACGUUUGAGGGUCGUCUCCACGAGGACGCGACCGCGUGCAGCUUCUUCCAGCUGCACAUUCCCGUGCGUCUGCGAGGUGUGACGCGCGACACGACGAUCCUGAUGCCGCUGUACCCGGAUGCAAUCGACUCGUUGGAGCCGGAGCGAUUUCCAGCGCCGGCGCCGGCGGCCGUCGACAAGAAGCUGCGCGGCAGCUGUGUGUGUCUGCGGUUCCGGCUGCGACGCCCAAUACCCAUCAUCGUGCCGAUAACCGCAGCCAUGCCACUGCGGCCGUUUCGUCGUCCGACCGGCGACGUGCUCGACCGGCUGCGCUCGCUUGUCCACGUCACCGCGCUGGACGUGUACGUGCCCGAUCUCGAGCUGUCGAGCGCCAAGCUGCAGGCCAUUCAGACGCGUCUGGCCGCACUCCAGACAGUCCAGCGGGCAUCAUCCCGGACGCGGUCCCGGCCACCAUCACACGACCUGCGUUGCCUCUUUGACGGCACCGGUGGCAAGAUUGUCGACCGCCUCGACGACAGCCCACCGGCCUACGACCAGAUCGGACCGCCGCCACCGCUGGCCCCAAUCGUCGAGCCCGAUCGGAAGCCAGUCCCCCCGUCCGACCACAAGGCCGAACUCGAGCCAGCAGGCUACAGGAAGCGUCGCCGUCGCGAGCGCGACUCGCCACCCCCUGACGACAUCGACAGCCGGCUCGCUGCCAUCUGGGCCGAGCUGCGCCGGAAAGACGACCGGAUCGAGCAGCUCGAGGCCCGGGUGCAGCAGCUAGAACACGACCGAGAGGAGGGGGCGGAAGAGACGGCGACACUCCGUCGCGAGCUCGACAAGGCCGUGGCCGCCAACGAAGAGCUCGAGGGCCAGCUGCUCUUGACGGGCGAGAGACUCGACGGCUUGGUCGACGAGGUGGCGUACAUUCAGGAAAACGGGCUAGACAGCGAGGUGGAAGACCGGAUCGUCGAGACGGUCACCGACUGUGUUUUUGAACAGAUCUCUGAGAAUGCCACCGUUACAUUUACAAGAACAUGA